AUGAAAGCCUGUGUCCUCUUCACUGUUCUGUGGUUUGCCUUUUAUGCUGUGAAAGACAGCACAUCUACUAAUGAAACGUCCACAUUGACAACAUUGUCCGAAGUGGUCACCACUCCAAAUGAUUCAGACAGCACAUCUACUAGUGAAACGUUCACACAGACAACAUUGUCCGAAGUGGUCACCACUCCAAAUGAUUCAGACAGCACAUCUACUAGUGAAACGUCCACACAGACAACAUUGUCCGAAGUGGUCACCACUCCAAAUGAUUCAGACAGCACAUCUACUAGUGAAACGUCCACACAGACAACAUUGUCCGAAGUGGUCACCACUCCAAAUGAUUCAGCCUACACCAUCUUCCUCCCCUCUCUGUUAAACUGCCCCCUGUUUUCCUCCUGGGGCCCCAUGCUGCUGGCUCCAAGACAAGGAGCAGGGCUGGCAAUGGAGGCCGAGAGGAGAGGACUGGAGAAGCAGGCCGUGAGGCAGCAGACAGCCAAGCGAGCCAGGUCCCAGCCCUGGGAAGCUGUCUUGCGGCUGGGAGAUGGCCUGGGUGGUCCAUUCCUGCCGAUACGAGGCCGGAUGGGGAGGGGGAAGCAGCGAACAGCUGCCCUGAUGGGCAAGCGUCCUCUGGCCCCACCCACAGCUGAAGUAAGCAAGAUGGAUGCUGAUCCAGGGGAAGGCCGGCCCAGGGCACUUAAAGGGCUCAUGAGACAAUGUGGAAAGUACAGCACAUCUACUAGUGAAACUUCCACAAAGACAACAUUGUCCGAAGUGGUCACCACUCCAAAUGAUUCAGGACCUUUCCCUUGUGAAAAAAACCCAUGUAUUUAUUAUGGCGCUACGUGCAUCAAUCUUGUGGGCCAAGAAUAUGACUGCCAGUGUCCACUGGGAUUGUACUAUACAAAUUCUUCAGGUUGCCAACAAGGAAAAAUAUUCCCAGGUGAUUUAUCUCUAAAUAAUGUGCUAUAUAAUUCAUCAAUGGAAGAUGAAAGUACCAAAGUCUACAAACAGUUAUACUACAAUGUCACCAAAAUUUGCCAAACAGCAUUUAAAAAUGAGUCUGCUUACAAACAAACAAUCAUUUUAAGUGUGAAAUCAUCUUCAACAGCACUUAAAAGGCUAAGAGAAGCAGAAAGGAUGGCUUUUACCGUGGUUUCAUUAAUCAAUAUGUUUGACAUAAGCACCACCUUAAAUAACGCAGAAGUACAGGAUCUUGUAACAAAGGCACUUAACGAGAAUGGCCACAGUGGCUCAUCUUUUGUAGCUAUCUCACAGUGUAAUACACAGAAGAUCUGCGAUAGCCAAACUACAAACUGCAUUGAGAAUGAAGAUAAUACAAUUGCAACCUGUAACUGUAAACCAGGAUUGGCUAAGAAGAAUACACAGGACAACUAUUGUUUAUUGUGUGAUAAUUGUUCUCAAAAAGACAACAUGCAAUGUAUCAUAAAAGAGCUGGUGCCACAGUGCCAAUGCAUGACUGAUUUCUAUGCUAAGGAUGGAAGUUGUCAGGAGUGUCAUUUUGGCUACUCUGGAGAAAGCUGUAAAGACAAUUACACGGCAGUCAUCGUAGCAAUUGCCGUCGUGUGUGGAAUUGUUAUAGUAGUCUUAGCUGGAGUGCUCAUUUAUAAAUCACUCAGAGCAAAAAAGAAGCUUAAUCCUGAGAGAAGGAAUUUGCUAAGCAAUGACUAUUUACCUACAAAGACACAUUCAGAAAGCAAAUCUGCCACAAAUAAUGCUCCGAGAGAGAAAAUGUUCCCCAGAGUCCAAGCGAAGGACCCAUCUGGCCAAGGAGGCCUGGCAAGGAAUGCUGAUAAAGGAGGCUUAGCAAACACAGCCUAUCUUCCUGAGCAAGACUAUGAUGAUGUUGAUCCUAGCUCCUUUGAAAUGGCAACCAGAAGUGAAUCUUGA